GUUCAAUGCUCUACUCUCCAUAUUUAGGUUAGAAAAACGUUAUGUUGUUUUUUUGAGCUAAUAAUAAUUAAAUAAUUAAGCAAAAAUGGUAAAUGUUAUGAAAGGAAUUUUAGUCACCUGUGACGGUGCUAUGAAACAAUUUUUGCUUCAUCUUGAUGAUACCCUCAAACUGGGAAGAAAGUUUAUCAUUCAGGAUUUGGAUGAAAACCAUCUUUUUAUCUCGGCCGAUAUACUUGAUGUUCUACAAGCGAAAAUAGAUGAUCUAAUGGAUCAAAUAAGUUUCCCAUUAGCUGAAAAAGGACAAUAAAACUAGUGAUCUUGUGUGUAAUUUGAGACUGAAACAGUUUAGUGAACACUCCUUCCGGAACUCUUCUUAUCAGUACAAAUAUCUGAUCUUU